GCAGGGGGCAGCACUGCUGUUCUCACUCGAACCGGGUAAACCGGUGGCCCGAUACCCCAACACUCAGUAUUUGAGAGGAUUUCAGUAGCUCAGGCUGAUGUUCAGGGUCUGAAGAGGUUUAUAUGUGAGGAGAAGCAGCAGCUGGAUCUCUGGAGCUGAAGAUCAGCGCGCAGGAGCUCCGUCAUGUCGGCGAGCGCGGUGUACGUGCUGGAUCUGAAAGGCAAGGUCCUCAUCUGCCGUAACUACCGCGGCGAUGUGGACAUGUCUGAGAUCGAGCACUUCAUGACCCUGCUGAUGGAUAAAGAAGAGGAGGGGACUCUUUCUCCCAUCCUGGCCCAUGGAGGAGUGCGCUUCAUGUGGAUCAAACACAACAAUCUCUACCUUGUUGCUACAUCUAAGAAGAAUGCCUGUGUUUCCUUGGUUUUCUCCUUCUUGUAUAAAAUUGUGCAGGUGUUCUCAGAGUACUUCAAAGAGUUGGAGGAGGAGAGCAUCAGAGACAACUUCGUCAUCAUUUAUGAAUUGCUGGAUGAGCUGAUGGACUUUGGCUACCCACAAACGACAGACAGCAAGAUCCUGCAGGAAUACAUCACACAAGAAGGCCACAAGUUGGACACAGGUGCCCCACGCCCCCCGGCCACAGUGACCAAUGCAGUGUCUUGGAGGUCAGAGGGCAUAAAGUACAGGAAGAACGAGGUUUUCCUGGACGUCAUCGAGUCGGUCAACCUCCUGGUCAGUGCGAAUGGAAACGUCCUGCGCAGUGAGAUUGUGGGCUCCAUUAAAAUGCGAGUGUUCCUCUCAGGCAUGCCGGAGCUGCGUCUGGGCCUCAAUGACAAGGUCCUGUUUGAAAACACUGGACGAGGGAAGAGCAAGUCUGUGGAGCUGGAGGACGUGAAGUUCCACCAGUGUGUGCGUCUGUCUCGCUUUGAGAACGACCGAACCAUCUCCUUCAUCCCUCCGGAUGGAGAGUUUGAGCUCAUGUCUUACCGCCUCAACACACACGUGAAGCCACUGAUCUGGAUCGAGUCUGUGAUAGAGAAGCAUUCACACAGCAGAAUCGAGUACAUGAUAAAGGCCAAAUCACAGUUCAAACGAAGAUCUACAGCCAACAAUGUGGAGAUCCACAUCCCUGUGCCUACAGAUGCAGACUCGCCCAAGUUUAAGACCACUGUGGGCAGUGUGAAAUGGGUCCCAGAGAACAGCGAGAUUGUCUGGUCAAUUAAAUCUUUCCCUGGUGGUAAGGAGUAUCUGAUGAGAGCUCACUUUGGCCUGCCCAGUGUGGAAGCGGAGGAUAAAGAAGGGAAGCCACCAAUCAGUGUCAAGUUUGAGAUCCCUUACUUCACCACCUCUGGAAUACAGGUGCGCUACCUGAAGAUCAUUGAGAAGAGCGGAUACCAGGCACUUCCAUGGGUACGAUACAUCACCCAGAAUGGAGACUAUCAACUCCGGACCCAGUAGUCGAACUUCAGCCUGUCUCCAGCAGUCUGUGGGCCUGGAGCCUUCUGUCUCUCUCUCUCUCUCUCUCUUUUACUUUCUCUCUUGCCUAAUCUCUCUCUCUUACUUUCUCUCCUCUCUCUGUGCUGCUUUAGGGACUCUGAGGUAGUGGUCGUGUGUCUGUAGUGUUUGAUUGGGAAACAAGUGGAACGAGCCUGCAUAUUCUUUACUUUCCAACUUUUCAACUUUUUAAUCCCUGUAAAGGUUUGAAAAGACACAUUUCAUAUAUACAGUAUGUACAUUUAAGUGGACAAAAGUAUUGGGACCUUUUGUGGCACCCCUUUAUUCAUAAUUAAGAGUGUAUACAAUGGUUAUACUGGCCGUUUACAGUUUUUUUUAGUGUAUUAUUUUUUAGGUGCUCCCCUCAAACACUGCAGGCAUCUACAUUUAUCUAUCUCAGACCAGCUGCAACACAGACCGUGGUUCCAUGGACCAUCAGUGUCUUUCUCUGUAUGUGAGUCACGUCCAGAUCAUCACGUCCAUUUGUGUUCUGCGCUAGUUCUUAAGGCCGUUCUUAAGGUAACCUCAUUCAAGAUCCAGUGCAGUUCAGAACAAUCUGAACAAUCAAAGAAAACACAAAAUAUGCUCUGUAUUAUACAGGAUAGUAUCUGUAUAAGAAGUGGCAGUGCUCAGCAGCUAGUAGCAGUUCUAUAUACAGUUCUCUGACUGUUUGCCAGGCGUUAUCAUACACCAUGCAGAAUACCUUUCAAAUGCACAGGGCCAGUAUUGCAGCUUUUUAAUUUUAAAAGUCAAUCUGAUGGCUGUCCAUUAGCAUGUAAAGAAGUGUUGGGGUUCAGAUUGACCACUUUUCCACUGCAAGGCCUAAGAUUGGACCAUACCAAUUGGUUGCAUUUUCUUUUUCCAUUUCCUGUGUUGCUAAAUCUACAGGGUUUUAUUGGCUUUAUCACUCGCUUUAUUGAUUGUACCACAGUGCUGGCACACCAGGUCACCAUGGCAUUAGCAUGGUGGCUACCAGCCUCAUCCCACAUUGUUACGACAGUGCUGGCAUGCUGGCUUCACGUCUUGCCUGACUUCGCGACAGCAUUGUAAGCACACCCCCUGCAGGUCUGGCUACUAGCUAGUAGCAUACUGGCUACUAGCUUUUUCCAACAUUACUAAUGCAGCGCUAGACCACCAGGUAUAAGAGUGUUCCAUAAUUGCUACUGUGGCAUUAGCAUGGUGGCUACCUGCCUCAUCCCACAUUGCUACGACAACGUUGGCAUGCUGACUUCUCGUCUUGCCUGACUUCGCUACCACAGCUUUAGCACACCCCCUGCAAGUGUUGUCCAGCAUCGUUCCCUCCAUCGUUAGCAUGCUGGCUACUGGCUUUUUCCAACAUGACUUCUGCAGUGCUAGAUCACCAGGUGCAGGUGUGGGUCAGCAUUGCUUUCGUGGCAAUAGCAUAGUAGCUACCUGCCUCAUCCCACAUUGUUACGAUAGCGUUAGCAUGUUGGCUUCUCAUCUUGCCUGACUUCGCUACUGCAGCGUUAGCACACCAGCUGCAGGUGUUGUCCAGCAUCUAUACAACAGGGUUAGCAUAUUGUCUACUAGCUUCUUCUAAUCUUACUAUUGCAGUGGUAGAUCACCAGGUAUAGGAGGGGUCCGUAAUUGCUGCUGUGUCAUUAGCAUGGUGGCUACCUGCCUCAUCCGACAUUGCUACCACAGCGUUAGCAUGCUGGCUUUUUGUCUUGCCUGACUUUGCUACUGCGGCGUUAGCACACCGGCUGCAGGUGUUGACCAGCAUCUAUACCACAGGGUUAGCAUACUGUCUACUAGCUUCUUCUAAUAUUACUACUGCAGUUGUAGAUCACCAGUUUCAGGGGAGGGUCAGCAUUGCUACCAUGGCAAUAGCAUGGUGGCUCCCUGCCUCAUCCCACAUUGCUACCACAGUGUUGGCAUGCUGACUUUUUGUCUUGCCUGACUUUGCUACUGCAGCAUUAGCACACCCUCUGCAGGUUAGCACGCUGGCUACUGGCUUCUUCCAGCAGGACUACUGCAGUGCUAGCAUGCUGGUUACAGGGUUAUCCGGCAUCUCACAACUGAAGUGUUGGCAUGCUGGCUACCUGUCUCGCCAGACAUAACUAUUGCAGUAUUAGCAUGUAGGCUACAUGUUAUUCCCAGCAUUGUUUUCGCAGCAUUAGCAUUCUGGCUACUGGCAUCUGCAAUGUUAGCAAGCCUGGCUACAUAUAAAGUCCAGCAUAGCUUUUGUAGCAUUAGCAUGCUGGCUUCUGGCCUCAUACCAUAUCGCUACCACAGUGUUAGCACAUUGGCUACCCAUCUCGCCUGACAUCACUACCGCAGCACAAGCACACAGGCUACCACAUAAACAUCGCUAGCAUGCUAACUACCGAUCUCCUUCAGCAUUGCACCUGCAACAUUAGUACGCCAAUCAAUGUUAGCAAGCAUGGCCUAGGUAGCCAAUCAGUGGACCCCAAUGUCAUUAAACCCUCCCACUGAACGGUUCUGUGGCCCCUGAUUACAAAAAGCUAAUCGUGCUGAGAAAACUGGGCCCCCAGUCUUUUAGCCCUGCAGUGGAGAAGCAGCCAGAGUGGCACCGUUACAGCUAAUGAGCUUAUAGGUCAGAUACAUGUUUGCACACUUCCAAACUUACAGGUCAAUCAUCUAAAACUUUUUUUUUUAUUUUUUUUCAUAGCGUAUUUUCUAUGUUCUCAGUCUCAAAUGUUUAUGGUGGUUAUACUGUGUUUAUUAGAUAUUUUUCAAUUAUUGUCUUUCAAGUAUUUCCUUUUUUCAGUAUUACUGGUAGGAGGUUUUUUUUUUUUUUUUUUAGUUUUUUGAAUACAUGGGUAUCUGUUGACAGUACCACCACCAUGUUUAACACUGAGCUCGACGAUGCAAUUACACGCAAAGAAACAAACUGUUGCUCGCUGCCAUCGUAAUGAAAAAGCCUGAAGUUGUGCCAUGUCGAAGUCUAGGAUUCGUCAUUAAUUUGUUCUUUUCUUUUCUUCUCCUUCUUUCAUCUCUUCCUCCUACAAAUCCGUGGCGCAAGUUAUCUGUAUAUGUAUGCCUCAGCUGUGCCGCAUUCAUUAGAGCUCUGAAUUAAGUUCUAUUCUAGAGAUUUAAACAAUGAAUAAAUAAAUGAUUAAAAUAAAAAUGUUUUAUCACCACCUAGACAGCGCAUGCUCUCUACAGCCGGCAGUUUAAUUGAAAUGUGAUGCGUGAAUACAUUCUCCUGUACUUUUCUCUGAAUCUUAAUGUCUGUAGUUCUAAAACAAACUGAAAUAAAGCUCUUUUCACUAUA